UUCUUGAGAGCAUCAUGAAUCUUAUUUUGAUAGCAUAAUUGUUAUUAAUUUAGUAAAAAGUGCUAAUAAAUAUUUAUAUAGUUUAGUGUUUCAAUGUUAAGUUUAACAUAGAGUAAUAAAUAGUUAUACAAGUGGAGCUAAUAAAGAAAUUGCUUGCCAUGGCCGGCCCGUCCGACGGCGAUCCCGACGGAUGGGUCCAGUUCUGUGAGCGUCAGGCCAAAACUGCCGCACAGGACUUCGCCAAGGCUUGCGUACAAUACAUACAGAGCAGCACAAUAGACGGCACAGCUCGCCCAUACACGUCUCAAAAGGAAUUACUCAAAAAAUUCGUCGAAUGCUUCUCAGAACACUUUGACUUCGAAUUUAACAAGCUAAAGGCUCAGCACAAAUUACCAAAUGGCACACAUACUGGACACGACGAAAGUGACUAUUCAGAAGACACUGAGUCGCCGAAAACACAUCACAAACCAUUUUUCAGAAGGUUAUCGUUUAAGGGUUUGCGGCGUGGUAAGGGUCUGUUCCAAAAACAGCAUUCCGACGAAGUAGAAUUAUCAACAAAUUUGAACAAACACAAUAAAACUAAGUUAGCGAAAAUUGUUGUUGAAUGUAGAAAAGAAGGAUUAGUUAAUUAUUUAACUCCAGAAAGCUUGGAGCAACCUGGAGGCCCACAGAAAUGGGAGAAGUGUAGGCUAGCAUUAGUUAAAACCGUAGGUGGUUAUAUGUUAGAAUUUUACUCUCCACCUAAAGCUCAAAAGCCUAGAAGUGGUGUAUUUUGUUUCCUAAUAUCAGAGGCUCGGGAAACCACUGCUUUAGAGAUGCCUGAUCAUGAAAAUACUUUUGUAUUAAAGGCUGACAACAAUAUGGAAUAUGUAAUUGAGGCAGCUGAUGUAGAUGACAUGAAGUCGUGGUUAGCAACAAUAAAGUACUGUAUGAGAUCGGCACCUACUACCCAGCCACCACCAGAUUCACUAGCUGGACUGUCAGAGCCGACACCUCCAGAUCUGCCACCACGAAGAGAUUUACCCUCAAGUACUAGUAAUGCAGAUUUAGCUACAGAUACUCCUGAAGAGGCUGAAUUAGGUUCAAUAGCAGAAGAAGGAUGUGAUGCAGGCCCCCGAGUGUCUCUCAGCGAAUGGCCAUGGUUCCAUGGUACUUUAGCCAGGUCGGCAGCUGCAGCAUGUGUUUUGGCUGGUGGAACUGGAGCUCAUGGGUGCUACCUUGUUAGGCAGAGUGAGACACGGCGGGGAGAAUAUGUGCUCACUUUCAAUUUCCAGGGCCGAGCUAAACACCUGCGAAUGACACUAAGUGAAUCUGGACAAUGCCGGGUCCAGCACCUCUGGUUUCCAAACGUCCAUGACAUGCUGGAACACUUCCGAGCAAACCCCAUUCCACUGGAAUCGGGUGGGGCAGCUGACGUUACUCUUACAGAGUAUGUGGUCUGCCAAGACGGAGCUAGAAAUCAAUCGGAAGUGUCACACGGUAGUGACGUUCGAAUGAGACGUGCGGAAAUGGAGGCUCUCUUCGGGAACAGCAGCAGCCCAUCCGAUCAUCGAGCUGUUGAUAACCAAUAUGUACUAUGUAACCUUCGUCCAUCGACCUCGGAUAGAAAUCCUACCUAAUUUUCGAUACGAUAUAUGCACGACGAAUGAAUUUCAAUUCUAUGGUGAUAUCUACGAAGCAAGAUGGAGUUAAUCUCUCUCAGAACCUUAACAUCGCUCCAAUUUAAAUGUUUGUUUUAGUAAAUUCAUAAUGUUUCUACGGUAACGAUCCCAAAGUCUAGUUCAAGACUUUAGCACGAGUAUAACGCCAAUACUUUAGUGACUGAAUAGCUAACAUCGCUCCAUAUUUUUCAUGUAAAAAUCUUCGAAAAUGAUUCGAUCGUAACCUAAAAGACAGAACGUAAUACACGAUUACAAAAGAUGGCGCUAUAAUGACAUUGCCAGUUAAGCUUUGUGCAAUAUUAUUUUUGAUGCUCAAUAUUAUGAGUAGGUUGUAUAGAAUUUUGCCAAAUAAAUUUUGCUGUUUAGCCAAUGUAUGCUUAAGUACUUUUUAUUAUAUUAAUACUCAAUGUAGUUUAUAUUUUUCUUUAUAACGGUGCAUUAGAAGUUAAGUGAGAACCAAAUACACAAACGUCAAUUGGAUAAAAACCUUUAUUUUUUAGCCGCUAUUAAAAUUGAGCGCUCUUUGUGUAUCUGGCAUUAAUUUGUUUAUGCUCUUUUGGAGCCAUGUCACAAUUAUAUGCUGUCGGUAAGGUUGGCUAUGUCAAUAAGUUCUCAGGAUAAUGCCACUUAUCCGAUUUUAUUCAAAGAUAGCAGAUAGGUAGCAGCUUUUAUAUUUUUAGGCCACUCAAGAUAUCAAAACUUAAAUUUAUGUUUAUUAAUCUUAAACACAUAUUUAGUUGGAAUUCUAAGGUUAAAAAUUCAAAUUAAAAAAUAUAUAUUUUUCAUUAGUGUAUUGUUUAAUUUUGUGUUCAUAUGUUUUGCAGUUUAGUAAUAACUAAGUGAAAAAACUACCUAUCUGUUUUCUUUAAGUAUGAAAGUGAAUGUUGGAAUUGAAAUAGACAUAAGUAGAAAUAUCGUUUGUUGUUAAAUAAACAUUAGAAUAAUUAUUUAUUAAAUGUACGUAUAUCGCCCCAGAGACCCACACGAAAGCUUUUGAAUCUAUAGCGGUUUCCCGCUAAAACCAUUGAGUCUUGUUUUAGUAUACCCACAUCUAUAGUUUUAACCUGUAACCACACUUGAUUCAAAUUUUUACCUUAUCUUCCUCGGAUUCAAUACUAAGCAUAUGUCAAAAAGAAAUAUAAGUAUUACCCUAAGUCCAUGUAGUCAAGAAUUUCGGGCGGAGAUGAUGCCUUAGAAAAUAUGCAACUAGAUCGUUAGCUAUUUGACUAAUCGAGGCUUAAUGUCUUCAAGGCUGUGUCCUAUUUCCGGCCCUUUUUCAUAUAAAUAUCAUGUUGCAACUUAAUAACAAGCUUUCGUCCUGCCUUUCAGGCGAUUCAUCCCCCCGCGACGGCCUAAGCCGAGGUUUGAGUCUCACAGAAGACGCCCAUGUGCGAGUCGCGGGAACCCGACCCUUUCAGGCUGAGCUAAGCUCGCCAAAACAGCCCCUGCUGAGCUGUAAAGGCCCUUAAGGCCAAAAUAGAAGUACAGCUAGAUUAUAUUAAUUUUCUAUACAGAUUUAAUUUCUAUGUCUUAACUCAUGGAGUUAUUCUACAGUUGAUUCUUAUAGAAGAAAUGUCAUAUAACAUUCGGUGUUUAGUAAAAAGCUCAUCGUGUGGGUGUAAUUGUUAAAAAAUGUUGCCUUGUAAUGAUAUCCUGAGUGUAACUGUGUUGUCGCUACUGCAAUGCUUAUACGGGUCUCCGAAAAUAUGAUUAUAACAAAUAAAUUUUUCUAUGAUAAAAAAAAUUGUGGUUUUUCGAACAAUACGUCACUAUAGAGGCCAGUGCUGUUUAAAGCGAAGAAAUUGCAACUGUAUAAUUAACCCAAGAGCCAUGCAAAUAAUAGCCAAUUAUCCAAACUGCCAAAUAUGGAACUAAAAGACGGAAUCACAUUCCAUUUAUAAAGUUAGUUAAUAUGAAAUAUUAACUAAGUUUAUAAAUUAAAUUGAGAAGGCCCGUUCUAACUAAUCUGUAAUUUUUUACAUGUAUGCAAUUAUUGUUUUGCUGGAAAUGAAAUAUAUACGAAAUAUGUAAUGUUUGUCUAAACCAAGCGUGGCGAAAUUAAAUGUAAUCUUUGAAAUCGUUUUUGAGGGUUGGGUUUUAAAUGCAUUUUACCUGGAGAUACAUACUUAAUUCAAUUCCAAUACAUAUAUGUUAUAACUAAUUUGGAAGGCUUGAACCUUCUAAAAGCUUUUUAUUUCAUUAACAUUGCAAGUUACUAUAACUGAUAUCUAUUAUUUUCCUUUAAAAUAAUAACGAUUAUAUUAUGACGCGUACAAGCACAAUCAACGGAUAUCUGUUUGUUGGAUAUAGGAAUCUGCUGUUAGCAAUGUAACAUUCCCUGUUUAGUGUGAAUGUGUAAGUUAGUAAUAAACACAUUAUAUUUUGCA